AUGAACGAAGUGCCAAGUCAUACGAUGAAAACACUACAAAUGGCAGCCAGGAUCAACGUUGAUAAUGAAAAGAAGGAGAGUUUUGGACAGUUUUUUGGAUUCAUUGCUAGGUACGGUUUGCCACUUUUUAAAAUUUGUUUUUUCGGCUUAGUAGGCUUAGGCUUGGGCUUAGGCUUAAGCUUAGGCUUAGGCUUAGACUUAGGCUUAGGCUUAGGCUUAGGCUUAGGCUUAAGCUUAGGCUUUGGCUUAAGCUUAGGCUUUGGCUUAAGCUUAGGCUUUGGCUUAGUAGGCUUAGCAUUUGCAAGCGUAGGCUUUAGUUUUAAAAUGAGGUUUUUAGGAAGCAUAACAUAAAAUACAACGGGUAAAAAGUCUCGCAGUAACAUAGAGCCAGAUCCCAGCACUCGCAGUCAUUUGUUGGGUCGUUUUACAUCGAGGCAAAUAUUGCAAAAGUAAUCAAUAUUACAUAAGAAAAAGUUGCGCAACACCAUUUCUGACAAUUUCUCUAAGGCUAUCUAGUUAUAUCAGCGAAAUUGCGUAAUGACGCAAUUUUUUUACAUUUUUUUAUUAAUAAGGAUUUUAAAUUACGAUUUAUAACGCUAAGUAUAAUAUUUAUGAGCUUAAGGAGUAGGCCUACCCUUAUUCUUAUUAGGCUUCAAACUAGCAAGUUCAGAAUACGCAGACGUAGGCUUAGUUAUCUUAAAUUUAUUAGGCUUAACCUUAGCAGGCUCAGAUUUAGUAAGCUUAGCUUUAGUAUGCUUAGGCUUGGGUUUAGUAGACAAAAAACUGCAUUAUUAAUUUUCAAUACAAAAAAGCAAAAACUUUCUUUACAGAUUCAAGAAAAACUACGAUAACCAGACCGAAUUAUAUUCUCGUUACCAACGCUUUGCCAGUGCUAUAUCUCGUGUUGAACAACUUAACCAAGAACACAAAGGAAAUGCUCAAUUCGAAUUGAAUCAGUUUGCUGAUCUGACUCCAGAAGAGUUUUUGGAACGGCACGCUGGCUCUAGAAUGCCUGAAAAGGCUUCAGAAGCGCGAACUUACAUAAACUUUGGUACUGAAACUCGGGCACGUAGUACUACAGCUGGUGGUAAUGAUUUUGACAGUACUAACAGGACCAGAUCAAAGCGCUCGUACUUGCCAUACAGUUAUGAUAUGAGAGAUGAAAACCUCAUUACCGGAGUUCGUGACCAAGGUCAAUGUGGUUGUUGCUUUAUUUUCGCCUCACUAGAAGGUAUUCAAGGCGCUUAUGCUAAGAAGUACCGUACUAGAGUUCGCUUAUCAGUCGAACAAAUCUUAUCUUGCUACCAAGACGCAGUACCCCACAGUCAAUGUAAUGGUGGUAAUACUGAAGACGUGCUACAGUUUGUAGCCAAGUACGGUGUUGCUAGAGAUAGUGACUAUCCAUUUACUAGUUCUGAUGGUUAUGCUGGUACAUGCCAAAAUGAAAAUCGGGAAAAUUACAGUACCGGGUUUAGCCAUGUUAGAGGAGAAGAAGAGGACAUGAAGGAAGCACUAUACAAUUAUGGAACACUGGUUGUUGGUAGGUAUAAGUUUUAGUAAAGGUAGAGUAGAAUAGCGUCGGGUAGGGUAGGAGAGGGGGGUAGAGUAAGAUAAGGUACGAUGGGGGUACGGUAGAGUACGGUACGGUACGGUAGAAUACGAUAGGGUAGGGUAGGGUGAGUUAGGGUAGGGUACGGUAGGGUACGAUAAGGUACGGUGGGGUUACGGUAGAGUACGGUACGGUAGGAUACGGUAGGAUAGGGUAGGGAACGGUAGGGUACGGUAGGAUACGGUAGGGUAGGGUAGGGUAAAGUAGAGUAAGGCACUCUUGACUGAGAGUUGAAUCUACUACAACAUAACCACUACUAUCUUUAGGUAUGGACGCAGAAGACCUUCAAUACUACUCAAGAGGCAUCUUUUCACCAUCAGGAAGAUCAAAUCAAAUCAACCAUUCUGUAAACAUCGUCGGGUGGGGUGAAGAAAACGGAACGCCAUAUUGGAUCGUCAAAAACAGCUGGACUAAUAGAUGGGGCGAGAACGGCUACUUUAGAAUCACACGAGGCUACAAUACAGCUUUGAUAGAAAGUUACGUUCAAGUUGCUCUUGUGUGA